AUGAUGCAGCCACCGCCGCCGUCGCAGCCGCAGCCGGGCAUGGGCGCCCCCAUGCCGCCGCAGGGCGCGGGAGGGCAGCCGCCGCACUGGGGCGCGAUCCCGCCGCCGAUGCCCCACUACGCGCAGCCGCCCCCGCAGCAGCAGCCGCCGCCGCAGGCCAUGUGGGGCCAGCCGCCGCCCCAGGCCGCGCCCUACGGCCAGGUGCCCGCCCCGCAGCAGUACUACGCCGCGCCGCAGGCCCCCGCCGCCCCCGCGGCCUCGGACGAGGUCAGGACGCUCUGGAUCGGGGACCUCCAGUACUGGAUGGACGAGAACUACAUCUACAGCUGCUUCGCCAACACCGGGGAGUUCCAAUCUGUGAAGCUUAUCCGUGACAAGCAAACUGGACAGCUUCAGGGCUAUGGCUUUGUCGAGUUUGCAAGCCAUGCAGGCGCUGAGCGAGUUCUUCAGACAUUCAAUGGUCAAAUGAUGCCAAAUGUUGAGUUGGCAUACAGACUGAACUGGGCCAGUGCUGGUGAAAAGCGUGAUGAUACCCCGGACUAUACAAUCUUUGUUGGGGAUUUGGCAGCUGAUGUUACAGACUACAUGUUACAGGAGACAUUCAGGGUCCAUUACCCUUCAGUGAAGGGCGCAAAGGUUGUAACUGACAAGAUGACAAUGCGUUCAAAAGGUUAUGGGUUUGUGAAGUUUGGUGACCCUACAGAGCAAGCUCGUGCCAUGACUGAAAUGAAUGGAAUGCCCUGUUCUUCCAGACCUAUGCGCAUUGGUCCAGCAGCAAAUAGAAAGACAACUGGGGUUCAGGAGAGAGUACCAAUUCCAAAUACAAAUACUCAAGGAGCUCAGUCUGACAAUGAUCCUAACAAUACCACCAUAUUUGUUGGUGGCCUUGACCCCAAUGUCACUGAAGAUGCCUUGAAACAAGUGUUUGCUCCAUAUGGGGAAGUUGUCCAUGUCAAGAUCCCUGUUGGGAAGAGAUGUGGCUUUGUUCAGUAUGCUAACAGGCCUUCUGCUGAGCAAGCUCUGCAAUUGCUGCAAGGGACCUUGGUUGGUGGUCAGAAUGUGAGGCUUUCAUGGGGACGAAGCCCUUCAAACAAACAAACUCAGCCUCAGGAAGCCAGCCAGUGGGGUGCAGGUGCUGCUGCUGGUGCUGCUGGUGGUUACUAUGCUGGAUAUGGACAAGGCUACGAGGCUUAUGGACAAGGGUAUGCACAGCCUCAAGACCCUAACAUGUAUGGUUAUGGAGCCUAUGCUGGUUAUCCCAACUACCAACAACCAGCAGCGGCACCGCAGCCACCGCCACCGCAACAGUGA